AUGGAAAGUAGUGCUGCCGCUGCCGCUUGCUGCAGCCUUUUCCCUAACCACAUGGCGGCCUUUCCUCGGCAACGUGUUGUCAACGCACCUCCGCUUUUUUCCUCUGAUAUUCACUCCACAUUGUUUCACUUUGGGGAGCUAGGCAUCUCAGAGGACUCCCACAUUGCAUAUCAGACUGAAGACGCGGUCGUUCUAUCAAAUCAAAAUCUUUCACGAAGCGAUGCCAGUCACUCUGGAGUGUUGGAUAAUAACGCGGGUACACAGAAAAGUACGCCCUCGUCACUUUACACUGGUAUAAUACGGAAUAAUGAAAAUGGUGGUAUCUCUUUAACGGAAGCUCUAGGCAACACUGAAUCGAUGACGAGUUUGGCAGUGUCUUCAUUAGCCAUGCCUUCUGAAUUUUCCACGAAGAAGUCUAAAGACCAUCCCUUGUAUCAAACACUUACUCACGGGGAAUUCAUUGAUGCGGGAGCCUCUUUGAAUGCAAUAGGUUGUCCGAUGGAUUCCAACGAUAACAGCAUGGCCCUGUGGGACCUCAAAUACGAGGCUGCGGCCGCAACACGGCGGGAGAAAGUCUUGCCCUUCGACGUAUCCAGUAAUUUGUUGUAUAAAUUCUCCCCACACGACAGUGCGAACCACGGCGGCGGCGUUUUUAACGUCGAUGAGCCGUCCCGUGAAUCUUUUUCGCUGCCGAUUCAUGUCUCAUGCGGCACCCCCGCGGUCCCGCCCUUCGCGUUUUCAAAAUACACGGCCGCGACCGGGACGACCUCGCCUUUCAACUCCCACAGCGAUCCGACAAUCGGGGUGGAGGAUUUCACCCCGGGUGGGCUCUCGGCCUCCCCGUGCGUCGUCUCCGCGGGCUGCUGCGGGGUGGGCAGCCAGGACGUCUCCCCUGCGGAGGGCGAGCGGUGCAGCCCGGGAGGAGGGGGGGGGGCGACCCCCCUUCCAGGGGAUCCCCAAUCCCCCUCCCACUCAGCACAGGGCCCGUUGGUGGAAUUUUACAACUUCGCCUUGGAGAAGCAGCUGAUGCAGACGAGCAGGGAGGAUCUGGUUCGGAUCCUGCUGGAGAUCGGCAGCGGGCGACCGGAGGCUGCGGCGUUUAUUCUCAACAAAGCGCGCUUUUUCGCCGCGCAGCAGGAGAUGAGCGCGGGCGCGGCAUUGGGUGCGGUUGGGAGUGCACCGAUCAUGGCGAACCAACCACUGAACCCAGCGAUUUCCCCCAGUGAGGAAGACCAUCAUGGAGGCAAAUCCUACCGAGAAAACGAUGGGGAUCCGUUAUUUUCGAUCAAGGUGAAGGUCGGUAACGGGGAGCGGGCGAUGAAGCCUAUCGGCGCUUCCCAUAGCACCCCUUCCGAUGGAACGUUCUUACCCUCCACCCUGCUUUGUGAAAAUUUUGGUACCUGUCAACCAGAGGCACGGCUUUACGAUCCCGAUGAGCAGCUCGGCAAACCCCAUGCAUACAACCUAGACGCCUCGAGGAUGCAUUGUUUCACCGAUGCGGCGAAUAUUGGCGCGAUCUCCACCCUCGCGACACCCAUCGCGCAGCGCAGCACAAAUCGUCAGUCGAUCACCGCCACCCACACGGGCAACAACAAGACCACGACGAUCACGAAGCGCGUGCAACAAAGACCACAGGAUAGGUCGUUCAGCACGGAGGUUCACCCAUGCCUGCGAUGGUUUGGCGCUUGCCGAAACCCGACGAACUGUAUUUUCGCAACCGCACCACGGAAUUUGUGCAUAAGCUGGAUUCGUGCGUCGUGUGUGGCUGGCGAUGAGUGCAGCGGCAUCCACCGUUUGCCCGAGCCAUGCUCGUUUGAUAUCUUCAUGAUCUACCAGCUGAAUCACGGGAUGAAACGUCAUGAAGCCUCAUCCUGGGCCUCAUCGCGGUCCCCCUCGGGCGGCCUGGCUAAGAGUUCGGCCUCCCCCAAAAAAGAUACCGCGCGAGACGCAUCGGGGCGCAAAAACGCAAGGCAGCAACUGCAGGGGGAAACGAAAAAAAACGCCCGCGUGGGCGCCGAUUCGGCAAUCCACCGCAACGAUACCGGUGUGGCGGCCUCCUCGAAGGCGAGCACGCCAUUUCUCCAUCGUAGCCAAAAGCAAACCCACAACUCCGAUGAGGCUCGCGCGCACAGGAACUUCAAGGGGGGGGAGAAUGUUGACGGUACCGUGGAUGGGGAGCCGCGGAUCGAGAAUGUCUAUCGGUGUUUACAUAAAAGUUUUGCCGAUGCGGCCUCUGCAGGGAGCCUGGAUGAGAAGCAUCAAUCGGAGAGCAACACGGACGAGGAUAAUUGGUGUGGCCAGGAACCAUUUGAGACCCUACGUGCUCGUCCACAGUGCAACAAAAUGCGUCAAGAUUCCCGAAAAUCAAGAGAUCGAUAUCCUGCUGCGGGAUUUGGGAUUGCAAACCGCUCUUUGCACAAAGGCACCAUCGAGCACGCGUCUCCUUCCAAGGACCCCAACAGUAGAACACCGGAUCCAGGAGUACGAACGCGGACACACACACCAGAGUGCGGAACCGAGGGAGAGGAGGGCUGUAGAAGAUAA